GGUGGAGAUGGAGGAUGCGAACCUGCCCACCAGGAAGUUUGGUCAGUGUACAGACAUCAGCUACCAGGUGACUGGCAUUCACAGCAACAGACUAGAGCCAAAGUGUGGGCUUCUCACCGGAGAUAAAUAUAUAUAUGACUUUAGGGUGCCAGAUUUAAUGAUCCAUGUGAAUGCCAGCCAGCCAGCCAGUGCCAUGUGGAGCAUGAAAGUAACACAGAUCCCCUGUAGUGAAUACUCCGAUGAGGACGCUACUGGCAUCUCUGGGGGAAGUGUUGACAUCGGCACUGUAGGAGGCUCCGGAGGAGGCACCGGAGGUGGCGCUGGCAGUGUUCCAGACAGCUACAACAACUUCCUUGAUCAUAAGGCUGCCUUUGAUGUUGCCAGCCGACAUGCCAUCCUAAGUGAACCUGCCAGAAUUGAUGGUGGAUGGCUUCUCCGCUGGAUUAGCGAUUUUCUGUUCAACAUAUUCCCACCACUGCUGCAGAAGCCUCCUAUUAUACCUCUGCCCAUCGUUCCACCGGCCAGCGAGUUUGUAUGUGGCAUCAAGGGACCUUCCUUCAACCAGGGAUCUCGCAAUCCAUCCAGUCCCAGACGCCUUGAAUUUUUGGAUGCCUUGGAGCCUGAAAGCUCGAGACGCAAAGGUGGACAUCGCAGACCAGUUGACAGUACACGCAAAAGAGAACAUGAUGGUCACCGACCUAAUAGGCGCAGACCUGGGUUUUCAAAUAACAGUCCUCUUGAAGAUCAGCUGAGUGAAAGACAAAACGCUGCUGUGAACUCUUCAGAGGUUAAUUCUUCGGGAACCGGAGUUAUCAACACCAGAGCCUGGGGUGGGCCUGACCUCUCUGACACACUCUUCGCUCAUUAUGCAGGAGACCGUAGCAUCUUCUCCAACCGUAUCACAUAUGGUCAGGUAGCUGGGCUUCACGAGUUUCCAUGGCUGGUGGCCAUGACAAUCAAUGGAAGGUUCCACUGUGGCGCUUCUCUCAUUGGUGACUACUGGAUCCUCACAGCAGCUCACUGUGUCAAUUCGUACACCAGUAACCCCAGUGCCAUCAGCCUGUCUCUUGGGGACUGGGACCUGUCCACUGAAAACGAUGGGCCGAGUGUAUCAGCAAAGAUCUCUAAGAUCACAGUGCACCCCAGUUACUCUCGCAGUACCCUGCAGAACGACUUGGCUGUCGCCAAACUUUCCUCUAAGAUAAACUACUCGGAAGACAUAAAACCCAUUUGUCUGCCCUCUAACA